AUGCCUGAUUAUCCUCACACAUCACUCCCUGAUAUUCCCUAUAUCUAUACUCACCCGAUUGUCACCCUACCCCCAUCUCCAUUUCAAUUGUAUUCCAGCCCUCCUUCAUAUAAUUCUCCACCAGUUUAUUCCCCCACAAAACCUCCUCCCACAAAGAAAUCCCCCUCUCCUCGUCUUUCUGCCAGGCAUCAUCCUUACUUACCAAAAACACAGGUUUCGGUAGUCAAGGGUCGUGCUCCGGUGUCUGAGGUUUACCCUUCUUCUCUUUCAGAGUUGCACACCAUUUUGGGUCACAAACGAGUUGCUGUCUCAGAGGUCUCUGAUUUAUUUUCACCUCCUUCAAAGAAGCUGUCUAAUCCUCAUAGUAUUCGGGACCGUAUGUUGCUUGCUGCUCAAUCUCUUUCUCAUCUGAGAAAUUCUCUGCCAGCUCUGGUCACUCCAGGAACUUCUCAGGAAUUUUCUCUUGCAGCUUGUUCUUGUGGAUGA